CACUCACUCAAUUCUUAAUAUGGUUGAGUACGAGUUUGGCGGACCUCUUGGUGCCGCCGGCAUUGUGUUCGGCCUCCCGUUGCUGCUCUAUUCGUUCGCGUUUGGCUGCAACGAUGUCGCUGGCUGUCCCAUUCCAUCGCUGCUCCCUGGUCGUGCCCUGACUUGGGAGAAUAUCAAGGCAGAUACAAAUCUCAGCAUUAGCAGCUUUAUCACCUGGGAAGUCCUCCUUGCCACUCUCGGCUACUAUGUUUACAGCCUGCUUCUCUGGAGACUUCUGCCUGCCAGCGUUGUUCACGGCACCAAACUCGUCCACCAUGACCGCCCGCUGUCAUAUCGUUUCAAUUCGUUCUCUGCCAGUAUGGUUACACUCACCAUCUGCGCUGUUGGGACGUACCUGCACGGUGCCCACUUCGCUGUCUGGACUUAUAUCACCGAUAACUAUGUCCAGCUUUUGACUGCCAAUAUUAUCAUCUCAUACGCUCUAUCUGUGUUUCUCUAUGUCCACAGUUUCAGCGUCAACACUAAAUACCCCAACCGCGACCUUCGCGAGCUGGCCGCUGGAGGCACCACGGGGAACCUGGUCUAUGAUUUCUACAUCGGUCGCGAGUUGAAUCCCCGCGUCACUCUGCCAUUCUUUGGAGAAAUCGACAUCAAGACAUGGUGCGAAGUUUGCCCCGGCCUGACCUUGUGGGCCUUGAUAGAUCUGGCCUUCAUCGCCAAGCAGUACCGCAACUACGGCUACAUCUCCGACAGCAUUGUAUUCACGGCGCUCGUCCAGGCGUACUACGUCUUCAGCAGCCAGUACGGCGAAUCCAGCAUCCUGACCAUGAUGGACAUCACUACCGACGGCAUGGGCUUCAUGCUCACCUUUGGCGACCUUGCCUGGGUUCCCUUCUUGUACUCCACGCAGUGUCGCUACCUCUCGACAUACCCUGUGCAUCUGGGCUGGAUCCACAUCGCGGCCAUGUGCGCCGUGUUUGUUCUUGGGAUAUACAUAUUUAGGGCUGCCAAUACCCAGAAACACGUAUUCCGAACAGAUCCCAAUAACCCUGCCGUGGCUAAGCUGUCUUAUAUUCAAACUAAGCGCGGCACUCGACUCCUGACAGCUGGAUGGUGGGGGAUCUCUAGACACGUCAACUACUUUGGCGACUGGAUGCAGUCUCUCCCGUUCAGUCUGCCAACGGCACUCGCUGGGUAUCUUAUUCUCCCGGCAGGCAGCACUGUAGGCGAUGCUAUUCCGAUGUUGGAUGGCCGACUGGUAGUUCAAGGACCCGCAGCUGGCUGGGGCAUGGUUUUUACCUACUUCUAUGUCCUUUAUUUUGCCAUUCUCUUGAUCCACCGCGAAGGUCGGGACGACGCCAUGUGUGCGAAGAAGUAUGGGAAUGACUGGACGGAGUACAAGCGGAUUGUCCGAUGGAAAAUCGUCCCGUGGCUGUAUUGAGCUGUACUCCUUCCUGCACUUUUACUGCAAAUUCGAGGAACUGUCCAUUUGAGGCUGAUGAUAGUUCAAAUUGGCUAAGGCUGUCCUCGGUCCGUUGCUGUAGAUAAUAGGAUCUUUAAUUCAUCUAGUAUAUUCUAUAUGGUCUUAGCUGUAUAUUGGCCAUAUUCGCACCAUCAAGGUUCAAUAUAGUCUACUCCCCCUUGGACACGCUCGUUCUCUCCGGGAUGAUGCGCUCUGCUGCCAACCGGUCAAAUGCAAGAUAAUGGCCCUGACCGAUGGACAGCUCCUCCGUAAAGCCCAACCCGCGAAUCUUGUCGAGGCACAUUUCUCGGUUUCUGUCGAGGAGAGUGAACCCAGCCUUGACGAAAACCCAGGUAGCCUCAUCUACCGUCCGUUGUCUGAGGCCAUAUUCCUCGCACAUCUUCUGGUACUCGCCCUGGUGCUCUGCCCACCACUUGUC